UUUAACAAAAUCGUGCACAUGCGUGGUUGUCAAGAUAAACUAAGAUGGCUGCGGAAAGAACGUUGAGAGUGUUUUUCUGUGAAUUGAAUUAAUUUUCAACCUCAUUAUUUCUUUUUAGGAUAUGACAACUUGUGAAAUUGAUUUAAAAUGGCGAUGGAAAAAUUAUAUGUUGUAAGAGAGACUCACACGCGCUCCAUCACUGCACUUGGUUAUAACCCUGCUCGGAGAGAAAUUUUAAUGGGAUGUGAGGAUGGUGUGAUUAAGACAUGGGAAUCAGAAAGUGGAAAACAGUUGUCAGUGGCUUGUGAACAUAAAGGAUGGAUCACAGAUUUUCUUUAUUGGAGUGAAGCAAAGUUGAUGUUAUCAUCUGCUAAUGACAGAAACAUUAUAGCAUGGGCACCCGGUGGUGGUGUUUAUGACAGAAUUGCCAUUGGUGUUCCUGUUUAUUGUAUGGCAAUAAACCUAAGACGGUAUCAAUUAGCCUGUGGCGUUAAUGGUGGCAUACGAGUUUAUGCUCUUGAUGAAAACAAAGAAUCGGGUCAUGUGAUCAACAUUAGCAAAGUUCUAUAUAUAGCCAAAGAACACACAGACAUUGUUAGAUGCCUUAUCUGUACAGACACACGCACAUAUUCAGCAGGGUAUGACCAAAGGUUGAUCAUCUAUGACUCAUCAUUUACAGGGGAUGAUAGUUUAGAAGCUGUAAAUAUCAUUGACAAUGCUCAUGAUGCAGGAAUCUCAUGUUUGCUACUUGCCAAAGAUAAUGAAAACAACUCAUGGCGACAGGUUGUCAGGAUUCUGACUGGUUCAUUUGAUAAAACUGUGAAAAUUUGGACAGCAGACGGCAAACCAGUCCACAAAUUGGAUAGUUUUAUUUCGACUGUGUCUGGUAUUUGCUAUGUACCUAGAAACAAGACUGUCUGGGUGGCAGGUGGAACAUCCUAUGCCAGUCUCUUUGAUCCCAAGUCUGGUGAUAAUGUGUCGGAUUUUAUUGGAACUUUUCAACAACAAGAAGAAGAGAAGUAUCACUUACAGAUUUUGAAAUUCUUCCCUGAACUUAAUCAAGUUGUUGCCUCUACUAGCAGACGACACUUGAUUGUAUGGAAGUAUAAUCCAUCUGGGUGUGUUACAGCAUUGAAAUGUAGAGUGGCAUUAGAAAGUCUCUGUUACACGCGUAAAGUGCCAAUAUUGAUAUUUAGUGGAGACCACGAGGGUGCUAUUGUCAAAUGGGAACGUAUGCAAUCAAAUCAUUUCAUGUACAGUAAAGAAACAUUUGUAGUCAGUGAUUCAAAGAUAAAGAAGAAAAGAAAAACGGGCAGUAAAAAGCGUGAGCUGAUGUUAGAACAGGAGUUGAAUGAGAAGUUAAAUAAUCUGCAGACUGAUGACGUAACGAAAACAAACAACAAAAAUAUACAGAGCCAUUAUGCAUUUAAUAAACCCAUCGUCCCACCUGCAUCCACACACAAUCAUCCACAUACUACAAUAUUAAAGAUUCUAUUUGUUGAAAGUUUAGACGUUAUCUUGGCUGCAUCAGAAGAUACAAAUAUUUAUGUAUGGGGCUUUGAUGAUCAAGCAGUGUCAGUAUUACAGAAUAUGAAACCUCAAGAUAUGGAGACUCUAGUCACUAAAUAUAGCAUUCUCCUUGAUUCUGAUUCAGAACUUCUCCCACAAAAUACCAAAGAUGGCGACAGUGAUUCUGUAACAAACAGAGUGGCUGGAUUUAUCUGUAAAUAUGUGUUCUGUGAGCAUGAGAGCUGCGUCACCAGUCUCGUAGUUAUAGAGAAGGAAAAUGGUGCCGACUCAUCAUAUCUUUUAAGUGGUGGAUGGGACAGAAGAAUAUGUAUUUGGGACCUUGAAAAAGGGAGAUUACAUGACACAUUUAGAAACACAGGUUCUAAUGGACUUCAUGAGAAUGUAGAGCUGGCAUGUGACGGUGUUAUAAUGGACAUGGAUUAUAAUCCGGGCAGGAAGGAGUUUGCAUAUUCAUCCAGUGACAAGAUGGUGUACAUUAGAAAAUUCUCAACAACUGGCUCAAAAAUGACCUUGGUGAAUACACUUCAAGGUCAUGAGGCAGAGGUCACUUGUGUGAAGUGGAACAGUAUAACACAGAAAUGGGUCACUGGGUCAGAGGAUGCUACCAUAAGAAUAUGGUCAGGAACUGGUUUGAACGAGUGUGAACAGAUACUGGCAGCACAAGCAGGUGUGUCCUGUCUGUGUGUGGAUAAGGUUAAUGGAGCAAUAGUGGCCGGUAUACAACAUGUUAUCAGAGUGUAUGACCCUGACUUAUACAGACUUAUACAGACUAAUGUAGGCCACACAGAUGCUGUUAGAAGUGUUAUACACAUUAGAGAAAGAAAUCAGUAUGUUUCCUGUUCGUGGGACAACUCCAUACGAGUGUGGAAUGCCUGGAAGAAACAAGUGAAGCGGAAAGAGCCCGAGGAAGAAGGCGAUAAUAAAAAUGGUGACAAGAUGAAGAGAGUUGAAAUCUCAGUGGAUGUUGAACAGGAGGAGGAGGAUGAAGGUGAGGAUUCAGGGGAAGUCACUGCAGAUGGGCAAAAUACAGGGGAGGUUACUCCACAAGUAGAAAAUAGUGAAGACAUGACUCUGAGUGUACAGAGUUCUGAAGUUUCAUUUCCUUGAGUUUUUGUUUUCUUGAUGGUGAAAAUCAAGAGAAGGUUUAAAUGUAGUUGCGUUAUAUUUUCAUUAUUAUUUUUCUGGUGCUUUUGAAAAUGAAUGCAAGUAAUACAUACUUUGAUUGAAUUGGUACCUCUCAUUGGAGUAAAAUAGGUCAAUGGUACUUUUGAUUCACUAAAUGUACAUCUACUGCAUGU